GCUGCAGCUGAGGGAACACACACACAGGGACUCAGCAGAGAAAACAGAGCUUAUCAUAAAGGCUACACUUGUGCGUGUCACUGCUUGGCUGUAGGUUGAAAUGCGAUCGACUCUUAUCCUUUUGUUUCUCCAGCUGUGGGGGAAUGUUAAAGUUUCCUUGUCACAGAACGACUGUUCACAGCUCCCAGAUAUUCCUCACGCCCAUGUCUCAGACAACACCAAAAAAGAUGAAUAUCAGCAAGGAAAUGUGAUUCGCUUUACUUGUGAAAUAGGAUAUAUAUCAGGUCCCCCCAUCAGAUAUGUGUGCUCAGAAAGUGGCUGGAUAGCAGUCCAUGAAGGAACCUGCUACUUAAAGCCAUGUGAACUUCCUGAUGAUACUCCCAACGGCUACUAUGAAAUAAUCAAGGGUGCAGACUUUGUUUUUGGAACAACGAUCAAAUACUUUUGUAACAGAGGGUAUCAGAUGGUGAGCAAGGAAGACACAAGGACAUGUUUGCUGGACAGAUGGACCAAUCACGUGCCAAUAUGUGGUCCUGUGAGCUGUGAGCAUCCGCCGGCAGAUGGACGGAUUACAGUAAAAGGUUUUUAUGAAAAUCAAGAGCUCAUACUUCCUGACCGUUUCCUCACGUUCAGCUGUGAUGAUCCUAGGACUUAUCUUAACGGCAGUUCAGUGCUGAUAUGUGGUCAUGAAGGGGAGUGGGACCAUCCAUUUCCUACUUGUGAAGAUAUAACUUGUACUGUUGGCGAGAUGGAUCCCCGUCUCACUGUAACUGGACCAAUCAUUGCAAAUAAAACCUAUAACGUUGGACAUAAUCUACGGUUCCAGUGCGAUGAUCAAUACUCACUGCAGGGGCCAGAAGUCAUCGAAUGUUUACAAAAUGGGCAGUGGAAUAAAGCCUUUCCAACAUGCACUGACACAUGCAAGUUCACAGUGUUACCACCCGGCAUACGCAUCACCCCGCCUCGACCACGGAACAACCAAGUAAGACAAGGACAAAAAAUCAACUUCGAAUGUCCCAGCAAUCAGCACGGACACGUUCUUCAAGGGAACAUGAUGGUUGAAUGUUUAGCUGGCGGACAGUGGAGUGAUCAGUUCCCAACAUGCGGACCUCCUAAAGGCUGUGGGAGACCACCACCCCUUGCAAAUGGAGACACCAAGAACAGUGCCCACUCUAAGUACAGACACAACGACUGGGUUGAGUAUGACUGUCAGCAUUUAUAUACCAUGAAUGGCAGACCUUAUAAAACCUGCAAGAAUGGUGAAUGGACUGGACAGAUGAAAUGCCUCAGGCCCUGCACUGUGACCAGAGAAACCAUGAAUAGAUACAAUAUUCGCUUCACACACUCUAAUGAAGAGAAGCUGUAUGCACCUCAUAAUGACAGAAUAACAUUCAGUUGUACCUAUGGAAGACGACCUGUCGGUUCAGUGGGUAUGCAUCAAGUUUGUAAUGAUGGUGUUAUACACCUUCCCUCCUGCCAGUAAAGUUUUUUUUUUGAGGAAUUUACAUUAUUAACUAGAGGACACAGCAGGCAGGAUAAAAAAUAUUCUCAAAAUGAACUUCUUCUGAUUCUUUUGUGUCUUGGUUGUGACAAUUUGAAUAAAAAUCAGUGUUCACUCA